AAUGGAAGUUACGUAUUGUACAGCAACAAAAUGAAACGUAGUGCAGGUGCUGUGGUCGCGGUGGUCGCAUUGCUGCAGGCGGCCGCGGCCGUUGGCGGCCCGACGACGCGACGGCGGCUGCGGGACCUGGCGCUGGACGACGACGCUCACCGGAUCCGGCUGGCCCGUCUGGCCAGGUCCGUAAACAAGAUUAUCGACGAGUACUUGGGCACUAGGUCGGUGGUGAUGUUCGCGGACGAGGUGGACGUCAGCGAGCUGGGCCAGCGGCUGCUGGUCGACAUGGGCCACCCCAGGCUGCUGGUGCAAUCGUCGGCGGCCACGGACGCGCGGCUGGCCAACGGGCUGGUCGUGUACCUGGAACCCGAGGCCAGAGCGCAGCGCCGGGACGGCCGGUCGGCCGAUUACGACGCGGUGCUGGGCCGGUUGCCGUCCAGCGAUCACUCGCGGCACAUGGUGCUGUGGGAAGGCUCUCAGCGGCCGGGCGACCGCGUCGACCUGCACCGCAUCCAGAUGCUGUUCGAGGCGUUCUGGCACCAUCAGCUGGUCGACGUGGCCGUCCUGGUGCCCGUGUACACCGGAAGCAUACGCGUGUACUCGUUCAACCCUUACACCGGAUCCCGGUGUAACGGGGCCGGUCCGCCGAUCAUGGUCAACGUCUGGAGCAGCUCGACGGACGCUUUCGUCAGGCCCGACAGAGUAUUCGGAUUGGACAACAAGUUGAAAGACUUGCACAAAUGUCCGUUGAAAUGCUUGGGCAUACACAGGCCACCCGUGUCAACGGUAGUGCAAACAGAGAAAGGCUUCAAGCUGUCGGGAUCAGGUUUACGCAUUAUCAAUUUCAUUCAGGAGUAUAUGAACUUCACCGGUAUUGUAACCAUGGCUGUAGGCCAUUCCGGCGUACAUUUCGUCUCCGAGACAGCCUUAUCGGACAACGAUAGUUCACCGAUUGGUGUGAAAGUGAAACAUAAAAAGGUGGACUUGGCGUUCGGACGGUUCACGAGAAUUUUUGACAGCGAGUCCGAUGUGGAGUUCAUCAAGGAAGACCAGAUGGAGUGUUUCACUUGGGGCUUGCCCAGUGGCAUUGGUCACGAUCCAACGCUGUGGAUCAAUUACGUGGCAGAAUUUUCACUAGUCACAUGGAUAUUAAUCAUAAUGAGCAUAAUAUUGGCGUUUGGCGUUGUCGUCACACUUUCACAGCUCACGUCCAUGCUGAAACAGCCGGCGGCGACAAUCUCGUGGAGUCCAUUAUUCAUUCUGUUCUACACAUACGGUACAUUCAUCGGUGCUCCCAUCAAGGUGACACCCAAAUCCUGCGCACUUCAAGUAUUUCUAUCCAACUGGUUAUUGUACAGCCUUGUAGUGACGAGCGCGUACCAAGCGUACUUGGGUAGUCUGAUAACCAUACCACAAACGAUACCCGAAAUCAACGACCAGCACACAUUGUUGAAGACCGACUUAAACUUGGUAGGUAGACAAGACAUGUACUAUCUAAUAAACUCGUCGGCGGGCUCAAGUAACGAUUUCAAAGAGUUGGUCGAUCGCUAUCAAAUAUUACCUCCCGAAGACUUCAGUCAUUUCAUCCAGAGGAUAUUAUUGAAAAGAGACACAGCCGUUCUUGCAUCCAAACGCGAAUUAAUAUUUUAUGCACAAAGAUACAAGACCAUUUUUAACGACUCGAGACACCUACACGUCUUGCCCACAUGCACAAUCGAGUCAUACUCAUCGACAUUUAUGCUUCGAAGGGGAUCACCGUUUCGGCAUAGAAUUAGCACCAUUAUGUCACGACUCUCAGAAACGGGUAUAAUGCAGCAAUGGGAUAGGGAAAACCUCAGAGAAGAACAGGUACACAAUAUUGUAUUUACCGAGGAUACGAUUCUUUCUAUGUCACAAUCUUUCGGAGCGUUUGUAGUUUUGUUUUUUGGUUUGUUUUUGGGCUUCUGUGCGUUUAUUGGUGAAAUAAUUGUAUACCUUAUAAACAAAUUUUGCAUAAGACAUACAAAACAAAUAAUGUUCAUAAAUUAACUAAAAAACAAAAACUAGAUUAAACCUACAUUUAAUAACAAUGUAUAGAGAAUCAAUAAUACAAAAUUAGCUGUACUAUAGCUGUAUAAUUUGUUAAUUUAAUUAAUAAACAUUUUGUAUUAGAUUCUGCAAACAAAUAAAUUACAAGCUAAUAAUAAUUCUAUGAAUAAAAAUAAA